CGAUCGCACGCGCCUUCCGAGCAUCAUGCCGAAAAGAAGUGCGCAGUCUCAAAUUGAGAAAUACGAAAGAAAAAUAAGGAAAAUCGAAGAAAAAGAGAAAAGAAGGCGGAGAAUUAUUUCUCCGAUUGAAUCGUCGUCGGACGAAGAAGAUACCGGAGAUCAUGGACAAAACUGUGACGCGAUCCCGGAGUCAGCAUUAGCUGCCCCAGAAAUCACACAAGAGGCGGAGCCGUUAUCUAACGAUAACCCCGACCAAAAUGAGGGCGGGGCUGGGCCUGACCUUCACGAGGAAGCCCCCGCUAGUGAUUUGCCAGAUUUGGACCCAGAAUUACUGGAUGCCCUUGGGGAGUCCACGUCCGACUCACCCGACUACGGAGAAAAAAUUCACGACAGUUUAUCAAAAUUGUGGCUACCUUUACUUCGGAAAGGUAUGCCCAAGGAAAACAAGGACAAAUUAUUAAAAGAAUACCUAAUUCCAGACAACUGUAGACUUCUACAGGCGCCUAAACUAAACGCAGAGAUUUCGGCCGCGAUACCGGACAUGGUUCGUAAUCGCGAUAAGACGCUCACUGCAUCGCAACAACAGCUGGGUUCGGGAAUCACCGCCAUCAACAGAGGCGUUGAUUUGCUCUUAAAGAGCGAUAACAAGGUCCAAGCAAUGAAACAUUUUAGCAACGGUUGCAGAUUGCUUUGUGAUUCGCACUACUUAGCGACCCAAGGUAGAAUAAAACUGAUAAGCCCCAGUUUAGAUAAAUCGUUCUUACAGUUGGUUAACGAAUCUGAACGAGAUGACUCAUUGUUUGGCUCGAAGCUAUCGGAGAAGAUAAAAGCCGCCAAAGCCAUCGAGAAGCAGGGCCUUUCAAUCAAAAAACCUGCUAAACCCCAAAAAACCACUGCCCAGCCGUCCGGCUCUCGAUCAUCUUCCUACCAGGGAAACUGGCACGCGCCGCCUCGGUACCCGGCGAACAGGGGGGGGCGCGGAGGUUACAGCAGGAGGCCAACGACCUCGGGAACUCGCCGGCCUUACACAGCGUCAGCGCAGCAGCCGCAGCGAGCUGCAUCUCAGGGGAAGCCCCCUGCCCCAGCGCAGAAUCACCAUUAGCACAGAGAUCAUCAUCCCUUGCACAAGCGCCUUACCCUGGCUGUCGCGAGGCUCUGCGGCAGUCGUUCAUCCGAAAAGGCGCCUGUCCUGCAUCGUCUACACUGAUGUUAGCUUCGCUCUCUGACAGUACU